ACAUUUCUCCUCGUGCAAAAGUAAACAAAUCACAAAAUUCACAUUUUUAUCAAAUCAACAUGUCGAACAUUGAUUUUGGCGAAUUAAAAAAUGAUACAAAUUUCACGACAAUUGUUAAUAAUUUUUCAAAAAGUUUAGACGAAAUCGAUGCAACAAUAACUGAAGCUGUAAAUUACAAAGAUUACGAUGAAUUGACAACAGAAGAAAAGGUUAAAUUUGAUAAUUAUUUGGCUUACACGACGAAUUCUUUGUAUUGGAUGUAUGUUCGUCUCAAUGGAUUGGAUCCAAAUACUCAUGGUAUAAAGAAUGAACUGUCCAGAGUGCGACAGGCAAUGUUGCGUGACAAACAAAUCUACGAAAGGAACACAAUUCGACCAGUUUUGGAUAAGAGCGCUGCUGGACGAUUUAUCAGACAUGGACUGCAUGAUAGAUCGAAUCGAGAAGAUGAGGAAGAUGGUGGAGAGGAAGUCCAAGAAGAAAAAAAGCCAGCGAAACCUUUGAAUAAGAAAAUUAUUUUUGAUGACAACUCUGAUUAAAUUAUAAUAAUAAUAAAAUCUAGAUCUUUUUUUAUAA